CAGAAUGGAGCCGUCUGCCACCAUCCUGCUGCUUUUGCUCCUUCACUGCCCAUCUUAGAGCCAGCACAGUGGAUCAGCAUCUUAAACAGUAAUGAACACCUUCUAAAGGAAAAGGAGCUCCUCAUUGACAAGCAGAGGAAACACAUCAAUCAGCUGGAGCAGAAAGUGCGAGAGAGUGAACUACAAGUCCACAGUGCCCUUCUAGGCCGCCCUACCCCCUUUGGGGAUGUCUGCUUGAUGAGGCUGCAGGAAUUGCAGCGAGAGAACACUUUCUUACGUGCACAGUUUGCACAGAAGACAGAAGCCUUGAGCAAAGAAAAGAUUGAGCUUCAAAAGAAGCUCUCUGCUUCAGAAGUUGAAGUCCAGCUCAUCAGGGAGUCACUCAAAGUGGCAUUGCAGAAGCAUUCAGAGGAGGGGAAAAAACAGGAAGAAAGGGUCAAGGGUCGUGAUAAACAUAUCAAUAAUUUGAAAAAGAAAUGUCAGAAGGAAUCAGAACAGAACCGAGAGAAGCAGCAGCGUAUUGAGACCUUGGAGCGCUACCUGGCUGACCUUCCUACACUGGAAGACCAUCAGAAGCAGAGCCAGCAGCUUAAGGAUUCUGAGAUGAAGAGCACAGAGCUGCAGGAGAGAGUGACUGAGCUGGAGAGAUUGUUGGAGGAGACCCAGGCAACUUGCAGAGAGAAGGAGGUUCAACUGGAAAGCCUGAGACAGAGAGAAGCAGAAUCCGUCUCUACUAGACAUAGCCUGCAAGAUAAGCAGUCUGUGGAGGAGGCCAGUGGUUCAAAAGCAGAAAUGGAGUCCUGGCAGAAGGAAUGUGACUCCCUCCGAAAGAUUGUAGAGAAGCAACAGCAGAAGGUGGAUCAAUUGCGCUCGCAAGUACAGAGUCUAGAGCAGGAAGUGGCUCAAGAAGAAGGAACAAGCCAGGCCCUGAAAGAGGAGGCCCAGCGAAGGGAGACAGCCCUGCAGCAGCUGCGCACAGCCGUGAAGGAGCUUUCAGUGCAAAACCAGGACCUAAUUGAGAAGAAUCUGACACUCCAGGAACACCUGCGCCAGGCCCAACCAGGGUCUCCAUCUUCACCGGACACAGCUCAGCUGGCACUUGAACUGCAUCAGGAGUUAGCCAGUUGCCUUCAAGAUCUGCAGGCUGUCUGCAGCAUUGUGACCCAGAGGGCCCAGGGCCAUGACCCCAACCUCUCCCUGCUCCUGGGCAUUCACUCGGCACAGCACCCAGACACUCAGCUAGAUUUGCAGAAGCCAGAUGUGAUCAGGAGGAAACUAGAAGAGGUUCAACAGCUGCGUCGUGACAUCGAGGACUUAAGGACCACCAUGUCAGACAGAUACGCCCAGGACAUGGGAGAAAACUGUGUCACACAGUGAGGAAUGCUAGGGGUGGGACAGGCUGUAUUCCCCCAGGGAGGCUCUGGGCUGCUGAGAGCCUAGUCCAGCAGGUUCCUGUCCUGACAAUCUCUUGUCUCCUGUCUACUGCUAUUCCCAGAGAGGAGGCUGAGAGAAGAUGAGAGCCUGCAUCUGGGGGCCAAGGGCUGAUUAAGGGACUGUGCCUGCCCUGCCCCACACUGGCUUUGCCUUGUUAAAUUUCAUUUGUCCUGUUUUCCUAACUCACCCUUUGAGGGUGAGUUACUAAUUAACUGUUGCAGGUACAACUGAUAAGUCCCUCACAAACUGUUCCCAGCCCUAGGCUGACAUCAGAGGCAAACAGGCUGCAUACCUCCCUUUUCCAUCCUCUAGGAUAGACCCUCGUUCAUUGCCACUCCAUACUUUGAUCCUGCUGAUGCCCAGAGCUUUUUAGAGGGGCCUGGAAAGCCUGAGUACUGGUAACUGUGGCCAUUUGAGAAUUCUCAAGCCCCACGUGCCAGCCUACUUGUGAACUGAACUGGCUUUCUGGGUUUUCUCAGGCCCGGUCCCAUUGCUUUUUCCUCAGGGCUGUUGUACUCGCAGAAGCCUCAGGGUGAUCUGUUCAUUAGCAGAGUACCCGCUAGGAUUGGGGACCUAGGUAUUACAGCCAGGGCUCCUUAAUCUGCCUACCAUGCCAUUUUCUUUCGCUGCCCUGGAGCCCUGGCCAUGUGGUUAGCACAGCUCCCUUCUCCUUUGUUCUCAGGCCUUCCAGGUAUCCCUCUUCUAGGGCCUGGAGUGCAAACUCUUCUCUGUGGUUCUGGGCUUGGGCAAAAUUUUUUCCUAGAAGGCCACAGGGCAACUAUCAAGCUGCUCACCUGUUUCUCCAGGGAGGGAGCCUAUGCCCAGCCCUCUGAUUUGUGCCUCUCCUAUGUUGGGGGUGGGAGGUCCUUUCUCUUUCCUGCUGUGGCCUCCUUGAAAUUUCAUAGUACCUAGUACAGGUCAGCUUUAAGAUACAGCUUUUGGUGUUUUCUGGGUUUUGUUUGUUUUCCUGGGGCCUUUGGACCCUCAGCUUUCUGGUUUUUCUUGCCUCCUGGUUUAAGGAGCAUCUCACAGUUGUUUGUCUCUGGUUGUUGCGCCAGCCCCAGGUCUCCUCUAGAUCUGGAGCCAGGCCAGGCAGGGGCCGUGUGUGAGUGUGGGGGAGCACCAAGCAGUUCAGGAGCCCGGAGUCAGCCACUACAAGGUUCUUGCUAUGCUUUGGGCUGUUGGCAGCAUCCUGGACCUCACUCCUGGGCCUGAAUGAGGCUCUUUCUUAAGUGUUUUUAGAAGUUUGUGUUUUAUUUAUGGAGUGACUUAUCUCUUCCAUUCAAAGCUGCCCCACCCAUCCAUGUGCUCAGCCUCUGGGCUCCUGCCUCCUAAAAGCAGAGCUGCCUGGUUGGUCUCCACCCAGUGUUGGGAGCCCAGCCACUAUGCUCAUGGGUAUUUUUCCUCAUAAAGUUUAUAAGCAGUUAUUUAUAUGAAUCUUUGUUAUGUCAACUGGUUUGUAUUGCCUAUUUUGAUUACAAAAUAAAA